GAAUUGAACAAAGAGCGGUGGAGAUACUUCCGCUGGACGCCUCGCACAGCUUUCAUUUCCUUCAUGUACGCUAUAUUUGUACCUUCGGUCGUUGGAUACGCCUUUGCAAAAACAGAUGGCAAAUGGGACAUGCGCGCGAAGCUCAGGGGUGAUACAAUCAGCGAGUUCUAA